AAUUUUUUUCUCUCUUUCUUUAUUAGAUUCAUAGAUCAUGACAGCUGAAAAGAAGAGACCCAGAGGCUUGAAAGGUAGCGCAUUAGCUAAAUCCAAAAAGCCAAAGAACAACAAUGACUCAACUACUCAACCAACCGAGAUCCCCGAGAAUGCUCAAACUGUUGUUAUCGACAAAGAGGUGGAAGAAGGUGAUGAGCUUGGAGAGACAGCCGCUCUUUUGGAAAGCGCUUUAGAAAAACUCGAGUCUGACUCUUCUGAAGCUUUACCUUUACUUCGCGGAACGAUUCAUGAAUCCGAUCGUAUUCUUCGUAACUGGGACUCUGAAAAUCCUCUGCCUGCCAGUUUUUAUUACAAUUAUGGCGUUGCUCUAUAUGAAUUGGGCCGUUUGAUAGAAGAUGAGGAUUUUGAACCUUAUUUGGAUGCUGCAGAGGAAAGAUUAAAUGACAGUUUAGAGCACUUGGAAAAAGAAGACACUGCUGAACUAGUCAGCAAGGUCAAUGUGGCUCUUGCAAAGGUCUGGUUUGCUAAGGCUUCCAGCCAAAUGUCAGAUGAUAAUGUUCCUGAAUUGGCUAUACGCGCUCUGUCCACUGUGGAUAAAGCGAUCAGUGAAUCCAAACUAUCUUCCAAGGUGAUCAUUGAACUUGCUGAUAUUGCUCAAAAUCACGGUUCCUUAUACACAACUCUUGAAUCUCGUGACAAGUUCAUAACAUGGGCCGAGAAAACGCUUGAACAGAUUUUGAGAGAUGAACCUACCAAUACCCAGGCGUUGUCUGUGCUUGGCUUAUGUAAGUUACAAGUUGCCCAUUACUGGUUGGAUAACGUUGAGGAAGAUGAAGAUGAAGAGGAGGAAAAGACUGAAUUGAGCAAAGAAGAAAAAAAUGCUUAUGAAGCUAUUCUGGAAAGUAAAAAGCACCUUGAAACAGCACAUACAGAGCUUGUGAAGUCAGAUAAACUCACCCCACAGAUACUUACUGAUUUGGCCGAAGUCUAUGUAAAUGAAGGAAAUUUGGUCUUGAAUGAAGAAGAACAGAACCAAAUUUAUGAACGAGCUGUCAAGUUGAUUAAGGAAGCACAAUCCUUGAUAGACGAAAAGAAGCUCGAUUAUGCCUUACCAGAAGGCUUGGCAGCAUUCUUGGCAGAAUAUGAAGAGGAAAAAUAGGGUGGUUAUCAAAAGUAUUCUUUAUUGGUAUAUGUAAGAAGUUGUAAUAAAAGUUACUAAUUGAUAUGUGCUCAAGGUUAAAUUUAUGUUAUUCGUUGUUAUUAUUUUGGCAGUGGGACAUUUCAAAGAGACACUGAAUAUGGAAUAAGCGGCGCAUAACUUAUCAAUG